UUCUGCGUUCAGACGGGAAGAGAGCAAAGCGUUUCCGACACUCACUUCCUUAUUCACGGCUUUAAAAACCCAGAGGCGACUUCAUUCACUCACACUUCCAUCCCACAUCCUCACCGGUGCUGAGAAGCCAAAAACCUCUGAAGAUGAACAAAGCUGUGAUCCUCCUGGUCGCUCUGACCCUCUACUGCUGCAUCCCUGAGCUGCAUGCUUCUUCCAGGUCAGGAUGUCGGUGCUUAAGAUCGACGUCUUAUCGAGUCGCCCCCAGCACCAUCGCCAAGGUGGAGGUGACUCCUCCAUCGGGACGGUGCCGCCACGCAGAAAGAGUCAUCAUCAGGAAGAACGGCUCCAAAGUUUGCAUCAGCCCAAACGCCGAGUGGUUCCCAGAGUUUCUCAGCAAACUUGACCAGAUGGGUUGUCGCAAGGCAGGCGCCUCGUCUUGUAUUCGCCGUCAUUUAGUACGAUAAUGGGACUACGAAAACGUCAGUUCUACCACCGUCUCUGCACCGGCCUUCUGAUCAUCGUCCUGCCCUGGAAGCUACUUCGUCUAACCUCACGCCACUGAUUUCGCUGAGCCACUGUUUGAUCUAGUUUUAUUGUUUUUUUAUUUCUAUAUUUUUAUACGGAUUCUUGUCAUUGGUUGUACUCUUCACUUGUUAUGACUGAAAUGGACCUCCUGGAUUGUGAAAAAGCUAUUUGCUCAUGUAAUAUUUUUUAAUGAAUAAAUAAAGGAGAGAUGAAAAGAACCCAUAAAAA